ACACAGCUCGGCCAUGUUUGUAUUCUGGUCGUGAAUAGAAAUCACUGCCGCAUAGGAGCUGUCUUCUAAUCAGUCUCGCCUUUUGUACCGUCAAUAUGGUGAAGAAAUACUAAAGAUUAAAUGCACACUGCAGUCCUGUAGCUAAACUCUAAGCGGGACGCGCCUUCCACCAUGGCAGCCAACGCGCAGGAUUUUGACUUCGAUGAAUAUGACAAACCUGGUGCUGAGCGGUCACGCAGGAGAAGAGGCGAAGAUGAUGAUCUAGAGAGUGAUUUGGAAGAGGAAUUGUUGGAGGAGGACUGGCUGACAGGUAAAAAGAAUCCAUCAGAAGCAUCAGAUGAAGAGCUGAAUGAUGACCUUCUACAAAGUGAUGAGGAAGAUGUUAAUGUGAGCGGUCAGAAUGUGAGCCUCAAUGCCUCAUACAGCCUAGGCACAUCCUAUCACCAGCAGGACAACUCGCAGGAAGCAGACUACACAGAUGACGUUGUGAACCUGGGUGCAGACGGCUGUGAAGAAGGGGAUGUAGAGGAGGAGGGGUACCAGCAAGAGGGGGAAGAGGAGUACACGCAGGAAUACAGCCAAGACAACACAGGGAUGCCUGAAGACCAAAUGGAUUACACUGGAGAGCUAGCUGAGGGUGACGACGGCUAUCAGGAUGAAGUGCUAGACAUCCAAAUCAAUGAGCCCUUAGAUGGUGAAUUUCAAGAUGAUGACUACCAAACCUCCUAUGAUGGUGAGCGUCUGGAUAAACAUAGAGUCCAACAGGAGGAGGUCCCAGAGGAGGAGCAGCAGGAGAUGGGGGGAGGAGAGCAGCAGGAAGAUGAGGAGGAGGAAACAGCCAAGGGCUUUGACACAGAGGAGGUUGAAAAUGAAGCUGCGCCUGAAGAACAAACAAAGGAGGAAUCGGACGAGGAGGAUGAGGAAGAUGAAGAGUCUGGUCGCAUACGGUUCAAAUCAGAGAGAAAGGACGGUGCUGUUGUGCGGUUGGCUGAUGCAGGCAGUAAAAGGAAGGACAUCCCGGAAACACUAGAGCUGUCAGAGAAGGCCAAGCAAGAUCUGAUGGAGUUUGAGGAACAAGAACGGCAAAAGAGACAAAAUCGAUAUGGAGGCCGAGGCAUGCGAGGAGGAAUGCGAGGCGGCAGAGGAAGAGGAGGCUUCCCACACUAUGGCAUGGGGGAUUUUAGAGGAAACAGAGGAAGAAUGAAUGACCAGAGGCCCCCUCUAAUGGGAAACAUGGGCAUGCAGCAGCCAUCCUCCCGAAUGCAUCUUCCCCAUCAGCCUCAUCAGCAGCAACUGCACUCCCAGCAGCAGCACUCUUCACGUCCAAGAGGACCUCCUCCCUUCCAAGAACAUGGGCGCCCAAUAGUCCAGCAGCCCCUUCAGCCCCUCAUUCCCCCGCACAUGGCUCACCGCUCCCCACCGCUGCGGCCCCAGAUGGAGCCGCCACCACGAAUGAUGAGCCCCCCGCCACCCAACUUCCCCCAGCAUCACCAGCAGCAGCCUCCACAACCCAAAAACAUCCACAUCAACCCCCAUUUCAGAGGGCCCACAUCAUCCUCUGUGCAAGUGCCCUUGAUGCCUCCUGCUCAGAGCCAGCCCAGACCUGCUGUGGGUCCUCAGAGGUUCCCUGGACCGGGAGACUUCCAGCAGCACAUGUCGGGUAAUUUUGGUCAGCCCCAGCGGCCCCCUCAUCACAUGGAGCCCUUUAGGAAUCAGCCACCUCAAGGCCCCCAAGACAGAGAGCCCCUCUUUAUGGGAGAGCACACAGAGUCAACACAAUUUCCAGGGCAGCACAUGUUUGAUCACCAGGGCCCUACUCCUCUUAUGAACAACCUCCACCAGCACCAGCAGCAGCAGCAGCUGCCUGGCCAGGGCCAAAUGGGUUUUGGCCCCCCAGGACCAGCCUUCAACCAGCCGGGCCAGGGUCCUUUAGGACUUUUUCAGAGAGAACCCCCAAGACCCAACCUCCCUCUCCACCAAGGUCAUCAGGGGAUGGUCGGCUUGAAUCAACAAGGUGGCCCCCCCAACCAGCCCAGGCCCUUCAUGGGCCCUCGUCAGCCGUUUGGCCAGCAGGGAAACCUUUUCCCCCCUCCACAAGUUCCAUUUGGGAUGCAGGUACGAUUAAGAGGCUUAAUGCAUGGCCCUCCUGUCUCCCAGCUUCCGCAUCACGAACCCAUGCCAUCCCAUCAACCCAUGCACCAGCAGCAGCAGCAUCAUAGGCAGGAGUUACCCCAUCAUCAGCAACAUCUAAAUGUCAAUGAGCCGCGCCCCAUGAUGCACCAUGGCCAGAAUCCUUUCCAUCAACAGCAGGCGCAUGGUAGCCCGAGGCAGAUGAUGCCCCGCCCUCAGAACCCCCAACAGCGCAACAUGUCCAACAGGAUGAACGCACCUGUCUCCAAGCAAAUGCAGCAGCGCAACAGCAACCUCCGGGAGCUCCCGGUAGCACCUGGCAACACAAACAUGAGCACUGCCCGCCCCGCCGCCAACAUUAGGCCUGUUGCUAAGGCAACACUAGGGGCGCGUCCUGGGCCGAACACUCAGCUCGUGCCUGAUGGUGGCAGAGGAAGAGGCCAAGUUGCUGCCAAGAUCGAAUCACAGCCUGGGGGACCAGGCAGGACAGUCAGUGGCAAAGAAAUCCCAUGCACACCAUCCAGCAAGGCACCACAGGACCCUGAUGAGGACGAGGAGACACGGCAGUACCGACUGAAGAUCGAGGAGCAGAAGCGCCUGAGAGAGGAGAUCCUGAGGAGAAAGGAAAUGCGUCGGCAGAUGCAGGCUGGCAUCAGAAAGAAGGAGCUGCUGGACAGGCUCAGCUCCCAGGCUCCGACCCAAGCCUCAGCUCCGUCACAGAUUCAACCCUCACAACAAAAUCAGCCACACCCUGUACAACAGCAAGCACCGCAACCACAGCAGCAACAACAGGAACAAAAACAGCUGCAACAGUUACCGCCACAACAGCAGAGACAGUUGCCUCAGAGAACACAACAAUCAUUAAAUCAAUCAUUAAAGAAUCCUAAUCAAGCGACCCCUAUCCCUCCAAACGGCAGUGCUCAGAUCCCUACACCACGUCCCAAUGUCAAGACACGCCUGCAGAUGGCGAAAGGUAGCACCCAGCAGCAACAGACUCCUAGGCCUGGUCCGGGCCAGCAAUGGGAACCACUCCAACAGAAUCAGCAGCAGCUUCAACAACAACAACAACAGCGAAGGAACAGUGCUGUGAACGCUAACAGACCUGGUGCUUUGAUCCAGACCAAUCAGGUCCCCCAAAAGAACAUACCUGUAACUCCCUCUAUGGGCCCUGGCCUGGCUCAGACUCCGACACAAGGACCUAAACUUGGAGCUAAAAGAACUGUGAUGCAGCGGGCCAAGAAUUCUAGUUUCGAAGGCCAGCAGGUGCCACAAAAAGUCAGAGUCGUCAAACUUUCAGGAACGAGUGGAAAGGGGCCAAUAGCAGCUGGCAGCCCAGUGCAGCAACAAGGCACCUGGUCAACAAUCCCGCUCAACCAAAGGAAGGUGACCAUGACAGGGCAGCAGCAACAGGGACCCGGAGGAACACCACAUGCUGGCCGAGGGGUCAUGAGUAGCCCACAGCAAAAUAGGGUUGUUGUGUCGGGCCGGGGCCGAGGUAGAGGGGGUGGUCAGAUGGGUCGAGGUCGGCCGAUGUCCACGAGACAGAGCCAAAGAGGAGCGGAGAGCGAACGUUGUACCGUGUCCAUAGAGGGCCUCUCUUCAUCCACAACCGACGGUCAACUGCAGAAUCUUCUCAGGUCCAUCGGCCCCAUUGAGAUGUUCAAAAUGAUGCCCCAGCAGAGGAAAGCAAUUGCCAAAUUUUCCAGUCCCCAGCAUGCAGCAAGUUUUCAAAUGAGCUUCCACAGGCACAUGAUUGAUUUGUCCCACAUUGAUGUGUCGCUGAUUGAUGGAUGAGGAGCGCAAUAGAACCAGGGAGAUCUCUUAAAAGAAGUCAUUUUCUCCCAACGUGGGAGCCUCUCCGUCACAGCUUCAACAUGGCGUAGGAAUAUUUCCUCAGCUCUUUGGGGUUUCACACAGUCAACGCCUCUGCACAGAAGCAUCAUUUAUCUCUUUUCAACUUGGAACAGUGAACAUAAAGACCUUAGCUGCAAAGCAUGCCAUUGUUUGACUUUGUCUACCAAUUGUCCAUUGUUGUAAAAUGGCACUGGAGAGACACUGGACAGUUAAUCCUACUUUGAUGUAGUUUGUGAAGAAUGUUUUGUGCGUCUAACACGGACACUAAGUAGAGUUCAUCAUGGGAUAAUGGUUGCUCCCCUCCUCAGAUUCAUUAUUAAAACUAAACUAAACUCUAUCAUUCUGGUUUGACCACUCCAUAAUAGUUUUUUACUAUUUGCGGCUCGCUGUCUGGUGCGGAUGCAGGAAAUGGUUGUGGCAGACUGUGGCCAGCCCAUUCUCAUAGCAGUCUUUCUCCCCCUCUGUAGAUGGCAGUAUUUCAUCACUAAUGGUGCUUUAUAUUUUCAACUCAAGCCCACUGUCAGGUAGAGAUGAGUCUCCAAGCAGUUUUUGGGUGAAUGGCACUACCUAGUGGAGAACUUGCAUGCAGGCGCAGAGGUGGACAAUUUAACAUUCGACACAUAGCAAUGACCGGGACCAAACUGGCAUUGGAUGUACAAUAAUAAAUGAUAAUUUUUUUCUAAUUUCCCAGUGGUUUUAGGAGUUGUAAAUGUUGUGAUUUUUGUGUAGUUUUUGCUUUUCAGUUUUAGUGCUGCUUCUGGGACAGAUAGUUCAGAUCAUCUCUCGUUUUGGUUGGUCGUUUGGUGUUGCUCCUCGUUCCAAAUGUUAUUAGAUCUUUUAACUGUUACCUGGAACCCAUUUUGGAAUAACCCUCUUAUGCAUUUUGGAUGUGUAUUUUAGUUGUGUGUCUGAUUACGGAGUUGUUAGAUUUAGGUUUAUAAUGUGAGUGUGAAUUGAGGGAAUGUGUAUGUAUGUUUUUUGAACGUUUUUUUUACAAUUGCAAAUUAAAAACAUUUUUUGGGAGGCUUAAUAUUCAUCAUAUAUUUGGUCCGUCAGACAGAAUUGCUCUCGAUUCUUGUCCUGGAUACAUUUCUGUACAUUUUUGUCAGGAUAUACAUUAGGCUUCCUCAGUUCUGGUAUAAUUGAUCCGUGUGACUAUCAAUUGCCUCAUCACUACGCUGCAUGGUGUACCUGGAAAAGCACUUUGAACAGUUUUCCUUCACAAGCUGAUAAUAUGGACAUUUGGCAGUAGACCAGAAAAGUAAAACAAAUUCCCUGUAUUACUUUGCCCAAAUUGAGUCCCCUAAUUACAAUAACAUCCUUCAUAUCGAAUCAGUCAUUGAUAUCGUACACCCACUUAAAAUACAUUUCUGUAAGCACAAUCUCCAUUACAUCACUUUAAUUUUCUGAGCAUGUGCCCUUGUUUGGCAAGUGCUACAACAUCACUUAAAUCCUUAAAUUUUCUAAAUAAUUAAUUUCCAUGUCUGGCUUAGUUUUAUUUUAUGAGACAUCAUUAUUAAACUAAAUAGAGCAAGUUAGGCUCAUUUGCUUAUUCUCAUAAUUCCAUGAUUUUUGUCCCUUUUUUGUCUCUGCCGAAUUUAAAGUUGUUACGCGAAAACAUCUCUUUAAAAAUAUUUCAACAUUAUUAUCCUUGUUUCCCAGUAAUUGAAGUUCAGAAGUGAAUCUCGUGUACAUUACUAACAGGACUGUGACAAAGGAAGCUGAGGGGGCAACCAUUAUCUAUGUAAUAAUCAUGUACAUAAGUAGACCAGAACUUUCUCUCAAUAUUUAUCCAGUUGACUUUUUUUGAGCCAUUCUUAACAAAUGUUGUAUCAAGUUAAACAUUUUAUAUGUAAGGAUAUGCUGAUGUGUCCAGACAUAAAUCAUUUUACUGGUGUUUUGUUUCUAAUUUAGAGCUAAAAUGAAGAAUGACUGGACCACAUUUCUGUUUAGAAAAGACAAAAAGUUUAAGGGAAAAUAAAAACAUGGCCAAUAUACCGUGAACCUGCAGGUAUGUGAAGCCGGUUAAACUUUAGCCCAAAGAGUUGUGGUUGUGUGAUAUGUCCAUGUGUCUGGUGCCUUUACGAUGAAUAAUCUUUCUUAUUUGUGCUGCAUUUUUAUUAUUUUAUGUAUUCUGUAAGUCCGUGGGUAAUCAAUUUGCAACAUAUCACAUAUACUUAUUAAACACGUUGUAUGGCAAGAAAUACUA